CUGCUUUCUGAGUCUUGGUCCCAGGUUCAGAGGCAGCGCGGACCUCAGGCCAGCAGGUUGAACAGUGGGCACCGCUGUAGGGCAGGUGGAGUGAGUCUGAGACCAGCAGAUGAGCAGACUGAAUCUGAAAGAUCCCAACAAAAGGAUGAGUGAAAGGGCCGUGCAGAACUGGAACGCAGGCCACUGGCUGCUGGCACUGUGCCUGACGUGGCUGUGGACCCUCCUGGCCUCUGCUUCCUCGCAGCCUCCAACUGCCACAGUCCUUGUAAAGCAGGGCACCUGUGAGGUGAUCGCUGCUCACCGCUGCUGCAACAGGAACCGCAUCGAGGAGCGCUCCCAGACCGUAAAAUGCUCCUGCUUUUCCGGCCAGGUGGCUGGCACUACGCGGGCACAGCCCUCCUGUGUGGAUGCCUCCAUCGUCCUGCAGAGGUGGUGGUGUCAGAUGGAGCCCUGCCUGCCAGGGGAGGAGUGUAAGGUGCUCCCGGACCUGUCGGGAUGGAGCUGCAGCAGUGGACACAAAGUCAAAACCACUAAGGUCACACGAUAGCUCUUAGGGAUCACAGCCUGGACAGGAGAAGCUUGCUUGAGCCUUGGACUGAAGAAUGGCAUCCAGUCAUCACCCAGCAAAUUUAGAGAUUCACUCACCUGGACUCACGCUCCAUGUCAAAUUCAGCAUUACCUCUCUUGAUUUUAAUCAAGUCGCUAAGCAGAUAUGGAUGGAUCUCCAACCGCAUAUCUAGAAGACUGUGCUCUGCUAGAGACA